GUCACUGUAGAAAUGUUGAUACGAAACGUAUGAAAUGUAUCCAUGGUUGGCAGAAAUGUACAAUACCAACAUUUUCUUGUGGCGCCUGGACUGUGAAAACCUGUGAAAUCUUGUUUUUGUUGUGAGGUUUUGUUUUGCUGACAUUGAUUGAACGGCUGUCACUGGACCUGCAGGUUGUCACUCAGCUUUACAGGGUGGGAGAGACAAAGAGACAGUGCUGUAAAGCCGAGCAUCGCAUUGUGCAGUCUGUAGGGGUGACCCAUUGACUGGCCCAUACGCACUACUAUGGAGUGGCUUUGGAUCGCCGUGGCAACAUGUAUGCUCACGUCCCGCUCUGUCAAAGGCAACGACUGGUGGUGGGAGUAUGAGGAGGGGAUACGACACUACAGCCAGGAGGCCCUCAACAAGGAGUUUCCAGAGAAAACUCGGCCGGUGAGCUUCAAACAUCCCUUGUUCCAGUGCCCAGACAUGAGUCCUUCUCGCACUGUCCCGUCCUCAGUUGAAUAUGUGAAAGCAGCAGAUAUCAAAGUCAUCGCUGCCUUGGGGGACUCACUGACAGUAGGUGUUAUUUGUUCUUUUCUUCAGCUGCAGUGCUAAUAUAGUAUUAGUAAUAUAAUAUGCAAUUACAAUCACAUUGACAAAAUGCUGCAGUGACACAGCCAGAUUACUGUUCUCAGUAUGCUUCUUUUGUUUUUUUAGGCCAAAAAUGUGAAUUGUUUAACCGUUUGAAA